UCUUUCUGAAAAUAUGUUUUCUGGUCCUAUACCUUCUUGUUUGGGUAACUUAACUCUGGCAAUGAAAGAGGAAAAGUCUUUUGUAGAUGACCCUUGGUAUAUAAGAUAUACAAUGGAGGAUCUAUCUAUUUUGAUUGAUUCACGUGUUUAUCCCCAUAGCUACAUGGUAGAAGAGAUAGAGUUUACAACAAAGAGUAUGUCCUACACAUAUGGUGGUGACAUUCUUGAGUACAUGUCUGGGAUUGAUUUAUCUUGCAACAAGUUAACAGGGCAAAUCCCUCCCGAAUUGGGAAACUUGAGUGAAAUCCAUUCGUUAAACUCAUCACACAAUAACUUGAUCGGAGUCAUACCUUCAUCAUUUUCAAAGCUUAAGCAAAUCGAGAGUUUGGAUCUUUCUUACAACAACUUGACUGGUAGAAUCCCUAUACAGCUGGUUGAGUUGAACUCUUUAGAGGUUUUUAGUGUGGCACACAACAACUUGUCAGGUAGUAUUCCAGAACCAAAAGCUCAGUUUGGGACCUUUGAUGAAAGGAGUUACGAAGGAAACCCUCUUCUCUGUGGGCCUCCAUUGCAAAAUAACUGCUCUAAAACUGACUCACCAUCAAUAGUACCACCUACAACAGACGAUGAAGGAGAAGGUAGUUUCAUGGACACAUAUGUUUUUUGUGUGAGCUUUCUGGUUUCAUAUGUAAUUGUUUUAUUAGGAAUUUUUGUUGUUCUAUACAUAAAUCCAUAUUGGCGACAAGCAUGGUUUUCUUUCAUUGAGAGUUGCAUCACUACCUGUCGCUACUCAAUUGUGGGCAAUUUUCUUGAGUUAUACAUCUUCAGAAGAUGUGCCUAGGUAUCAUGGGAGCUCUUAUGAUUUG